UCAUCGUUGUCACAAGAUUGUUUUACUUCAAAACUCAAGGAAAAUAUAAAGAAUCUGAUGUUGUGCAGUUCAUGAUCCCACAGAAAUUUGCAGCAUUUGAAGAUCUCUAUCACAAGCUGAAUCAGAAGUUUUCUAGUGUUGUUUUCAGUCCUCUUCCAAAAAAGGUUCUUUUGACAAAUGAAUCUGUUAUCAAUGAACGUCAGCAAGUCAUGGAGUCAGUGCUACAACAGGUUGCCAAGACACCUAAGCUUGCAUGCAGCUCUAUUACAUUAGAGUUUCUUGGAGUGCACACACAAAAAGAGGGCACACCACUAGAUGAACGAGAUUCUCAUGAAGAUCAAGCUAAGCAGCAAAAGGAGAAGACUGCUGACCCUAGUAGUAAAGACGAGCCUGCUGAUAUCGACUUAUUUGGCGCAGACCAACAGGAGCAAACAGAACAAGCAGAUGACAACGAUGUCAAAGUUGAUGAAGAUGAUGAUCUUCUAUUGUUUACCAAAUCUGCCAAACCAUUGUUGCAGGAAUCAUCCAUAUUCAAAGUUGAUGACAAAGAAGAUGAUAUUAAUGAUUUGUUUAUUCCAGCUGGAGCUUUAGAAUCAAACCCCGUUAAAAUUGAGGUUGAAGAUAACUCUGAAUUACUAAAUAUUGAUGAUGAUCUUGAUAAACUACUGAACGUCAGUAAACCCAAGAAACCUCCUAAACCUUCCCAACCAAAGCCCCCUAUACCCAAGCCACGUAUGAAGCCAAAACCACAACUCAAACCAAAACCUGCACCAAAACCACGGUUCCAAGAGGCACAAGGCAGUGCUAAUGAUGAGCUGUUUGCAAUGUCAAACAAGAAGAGUGAGCCAAACACAAAUGAGGAUCUUUUUGCUCCCAGGAAAAGUUCAUUUAGAAAACAAGAGGAUGACAGUACACUAGAUGAUAUUUUCAAAAAACCUGACAAAAAGGUUUUUCCAGAUGAUGAAGAUGAUGCGUUAUUCAAGACGUCAUCGGAUAUGAAUGUAGAUGACAUUUCUAGCUACAUUCAACAGAGUUUAAAGGACAACAAUGAUAGCUUAGAUUUAUUUUAGAUGUUAAUCAAAAUCCACUUUUUCAUGCUGAGAAAUACAAAUUUUCAUUUUUCAUUGCAAACCUUUGGUUUUAUUGGAAGUGGCCUGUGUUAAUAUUAUAAUACUUAACGCUUAGAUAUUAAUGCAAUGAGGCAAAGAACUUGUAUUAGUGUAUGGUCAUCAUGGAAGAAGAAACCAAAUUCAAUGCCACAUGAAAUGGUGAACUAAAUCCAAAGAAAUUAAAACUCAACCAACGUUUUUGCAAAUAUUAUUAAUAAUAAAGAGA